CGGCGGGGUUGCUUGCUUGCGGGGUCUUUUCUGUUGCUGCCGCUGGGGGUUAUGGAUGUUUGUAGCUUAAAGACAAAGGGAGCGAGUUAGCAUUUGUUGCAGAAUGGUAUUAAGAAAAAGGCUAAAAUGGUGCCUUUGUAGUGGGAGUAUUAAUGCUGCCGGUGCCUCGUAGCUGAAAUGAAAGUUAGCUUAUGAGUAGCAUAACGUUAGCUGAGUAGCUCAUGCUAGGCCUUCCGUUUCUUUAGGUUUGUCAGGACACUUUGUUGUUUUAUUUCUCCCUUUGUAAACCUGCGGUUUGUAGCUCUAUUGUUUGCUGCCGUUCGCUGAUUUUUUUUUCCUGUGCUCCCUGUGGUUCAUAAGGCGGUGAAAUGAAGAGAGUGAACAGCUUUCAGAGGUUCAUGAACAGACGGGCCUCUGCAAACUGCCGCUACCAGCCCACCUGCUAUGAGCACGCUGCAAACUGCUACACUCACGCCCUUCUCAUCGUGCCGGCCUUCGUGGGCAUGGCGUUGCUGCACCGUCUGUCGGACAACCGCUGGGAGAGGAUCACAGCCUGGGUGUACGGCAUGGGCCUCUGUGCCCUUUUCCUGGUCUCCACUGUGUUUCAUAUCAUCACCUGGAAGAAGAGCCACAUGAGGUCUGUGGAGCAGUGCUUCCACAUGUGUGACAGGGUGGUCAUCUAUUUCUUCAUUGCUGCCUCCUACACACCUUGGUUAAACCUGCGUGAACUGGGCCCUCUGGCAGCACACAUGCGCUGGUUUGUGUGGCUCAUGGCUGCUGCUGGAACCAUCUACGUCUUCAACUACCAUGAAAAAUACAAACUUGUUGAGCUGGCCUUCUAUUUGACGAUGGGAUUUUUCCCAGCAUCAGUCGUGACGUCAAUGAGUAACACUGAGGGGCUUCAGGAGCUGGCCUGCGGUGGACUCAUCUACUGCCUCGGUGUGUUCUUCUUCAAGAGUGAUGGCGUCAUCCCCUUCGCCCACGCCAUCUGGCACGUGUUCGUGGCACUGGCUGCGGCCGUGCACUACUACGCCAUCUGGAAAUACCUCUACAAGGCUCCCAGUGCCGACACCCUACUCGACUCGUGACCGCGGAGGCGGGGCGACUCCCUCAACUGCCCACUGAAGCUGCAGCGACAGCCGAAAAGUUUACGAAAAUACUGACCACGAGUUGUUUACUCUUUUCUAACGUGGAGGGGAACAGAUUUUUCAGCGUCUCCCUGAUAAACACAUCUACUUUAAAAGCUGUUUUGUACGUCUUCAGUGUAUAAAAAAAAAAACAUAAAAAAGAAAAAAAACCUGACAGUGAGGGAGAGAAUUUGGACUUUUUACUCUUACGGUUAACUUUGGCACAUUCGUGAGGAUUUGAGAAAUUUGAUAGCAGUCUUUUGUAUCACUUGAAGAGAGUCACAUUCCACAUUCGGGGUCAUUUGUGUGUCAGAAAUCAUCAGACUCAUCUGUUUCAGCUGGUGAUUUGAACACUGGGGAUAUGAGGUGCUAAAAAUCAGCUCUUCUCAGGAGCUGGGCCGGGUAUCAGCGCAGGAGUUACAGCGUAGAAACAAAACCUUUUUCUGUUGUUUUUUUUUCAUUUAUAAGAAGCCAAAGGUCUCAUGUUUUUCAAACACAAGCGGUUGUACAGGAACUUUGCCAAAGUAAAAUACAAACUGGCAAAGUUUGAUGGUUAACACAGAUUAGAUGGAUCUGGAGUCAGAACCUGUUGAAGGAAAUGAUGGAAGUUACUCGUCUGUUUUCCCAUUUUCUGUUUCUCGAUCCAUCUGAUCUGUUUCUGACUUGUAUCCAAGUGCAGUCCUCGGUUUUCACAGUCGAUCCUGGUAGUAUUUAGCGCCCCCUGCUGGUGGGCUGGUGUAAAAAGGUGAUUCACAGCAUUUCAGGAGGAGCAGAGGUGACCUGUGAGGUGAAGGUGGGGGGGUGGAUUUUGUUCAUGAGCCAAAUGAGAGAAAAUCAGUUCAGGCAGUGUGAUGAGGCAGAAUUGUUCCACUGUGUUUGUAAUGUGAACAGCGUGCAGUAGAGUGUGUGUGUAUGCACGACCUUUGUACUGUAGUCCAGUAUUACAUUUCCACUGAUUCUCUCUCUCUUUUUGUUUGAUUUGCACCACUAGGACGAGCAGUGUUUGGUGUGUGUGUUCUGACGGGGGUUCGAUCCUCAUGAGAAACCUCAUGCUCUUCUUUUUGUCUCAUGCUGUUGGUUUUGUAAAUUUGCUCUCGGGCUCCUGACCCAUGAAAUGACCUUUUCUGUUGUUAUCUCUUAGUGACGUACGGAGCUGAACGAUUACACGUUUUUUAAUUGUGGCUCUUGUUGAAACGAUUUCCUUAACCACUGUGUUUUGUAAUAUUUGUAUAUUCUGUUGUUUGUUCUGUUGAUUACAUGAUCCUGGCCUUUGCAGGGAAAAAACAAACUGCUUCUUGUCUGUUCCAGUGGCUGCAUAAUGGUGCUGCAUAAACAUGAAUGCUCCUCCAACAUACUGAUUACCACCUUUCUAAUGUGAAAAUAAAGAAUAAUGAUGCCCCCA